CCCUGAGCACUAGCGACAGCGAUCAUCGCUACACCGGGAGUAGUCAAACCGAAAGUCAAACCAAACGAGACUUACAGACCCUUAUUAUUUGGAGAGAGAAUCCAUAACUGAGCUGUGAAAACAACAUAAGAAAAGCACAUUAACAUAAUAGUGCAUGUGAUGAAUGAAUAAAUCAUACACCUUGAGUGAACAUGCCUAUCAAUACGCUAACAGUUGUUGCCGCUGCUGGUGUUGCCUUUACAGUGUGUAUGUUUUAUACAGUAACUCAAUCUUCAGGUCUAAUAAUGUUAGGUGGAUUAUUUUUUGUUGAUCCUGACCCAGAUGAAAAAGUCCUGAAACAAAUUGACAUUCAGGAUGUGAAAGAAAUGAUACAAAAAGAGAUUCAGGACAUAAAGAAAAAUCAGCGUGAUGAACAGAAGGGUGGACAGUCGAGUCAGAAUGAACAGUACAAAAAGGGGGAGGUGGAGGUAACUCCUGAAAUGUUGAGCAGCAGCAUCAGCACUGGAGAAGAGCAGACGAUGAAACGACAAAACGAUCGGAUACAAGAGAAGUUAGAUAUACUGAGUGAUCUAGAGGAAAGAUUAAUAGAGAGACUGGACGAACACAACAGGAAGGAGAAAACUCCAAAGUUAGGAUAAUAGCCAUCCCCUGAAAAUGACAUCGGAGAAAAACUGCACAAAAUUGAAAAGUUGUUACUGGAAAGAAAAUCGAAUAAUUUUAAUUAUAGUUAUUAUGUUGACAUAGCUAUGACGAACAUUUCCUCUUCCAUAUCAACAAUCGAGAAUCUCUCAGCUGAAGUGUAUGUUUUUAUCUAUACGAAAUCGGCACUACUAAUAAAUGUUGUGUCUUUCGGUAAGUAAAUUUUUCACAAAAAGUAAAUCCCCUACCUCCUUAUUUAAUCCCUUUAUUAGCCAUGUUAGCAAGCCCAGAACAAUAAACAUGUAAUUUGCAUUUUGUAUACAUUUGUAGAUUUAGUGCCCCCCCCCCCUCUUUUUAGGAUGAGUGAAAAAUAGCCCAUUCUCCACAUUUUAAAAAAGAUUUUUUUUCAAAACACGCAUUGAUAAAAUGAUAAAAAUCAUAUCGAUACUGACAAUUUUGAACAAUUUUUGAUAAAUAUUUAUAAUGUCAUAUGAAACAGUGCAUUGCAUGCUGGUCAUUUCUCGUGAUAUUUUUGUGGCCAUUUGGUUGACAGGAACCUGGGUCUAAGGUAUAUUGUGAAAAUUUGUAUUAUAUUGAUGCAACUAGCACUUUGUAUAUUUCAAACAAGUGCCAUAGUAUGUAGUUUUCUAGGUAUGAAUGCACUGGUUCUUUGAAGUUAUUAUGAUUCAGAAGAUAAAUUUUAUGUUUAAAUGUUCACUGUAUGUGUCAGCAGUUUAUUGUUUACAUAUCAAGUUAUACAGACAAGGUUAUUGAGAUGAUUUAAUUGUUACUUUAAAUAUAUCACAUGUAUGGAAAUCAGUUUGUGUAAUAAUUAUUCUAAGGUCAUACAAUAUGUAUAGAGUCUGUAUUUGAUAUUUUUAUUUUGAUAUAGUACAUCUUACGAUACAUCACUAUUCAGAUGGGAAGUGCCCAUAGCUGUAGUCACCCCGUUUGCCCCUUACUUAGGGUAUGUGUUUACAUAUUGCUUUUGUGUACUUUGAUGAAAGUGUUGUGUACAGUUUUAAUAUUUGUGUAAUGGUGAUAUACAUAAUAUUGUUAUAUGAAUAUUGUUUGAGGUGAUUGAUUGUAAGUCAAACAAUACAAAUUUAUAGAAUUAUUUUUGGAUUAAUCAGAAUGCUAUUGACUUGUAUGUGAAAGAUUUUUAAUGGCAUCUUGAUGUAUAUUUUUGGGAACACUGUACAAAUAUACUUCAUCACCAUGGAAUAAAGAACUAAAACAAUU